AUGGGUGGCUUAAAAAUUGUUGAUAUGAGCAAUGGUGCAAAUUUACAAAGACAGAAUUGGGGAACAAAUGCUCCAGCUUGGUGGAGAGCAAACCAUGGUUUAUGUUUGGAAAGCGUGUGUUAUAAUGCAACAUGUGUAGCUUACGGUCAAGCUGUUAUAAUGUCAAUUGGUUACGGAAUAUUUGAUCUCGGCACUCAACAGAUCACUACUCGUGUACCGGCUUCUCUUUUUUCAGCUGCUUCUAAUACAACAACAACACCAAAAUGUCCAAUAUGUUCGCAAUAUGUUGAACCAAACACUGUUGCUUUUAAUAAUUGCUGGUGGGAAUUUUCAGGUGUUAACGAAUAUAAUCAAUCGUGUUCAAGUGAUUGGCAGCAUGCAGAUGACGCAUAUCAUCGUUUUAAUGAUAAUCCAAAUGCAAAGGUCAUAUGGAUUCGCUUAGUAUUGGAAGUUGUUAAAGAUAAACCAACUUAA